AAAAAUAGGACUUUGAUUGUUAUGGGGUAACCAAGCUCUGUUUCUGGUUUCUUGGUGAUGUGUGUGACUCUUUGUAAAGAUUGACAGAGAAGGGAACGAAUAAAAAAAAGUAACCUUAUUUGAUAAUCUCUUUGUUCCCUCCAAUGUAACAAACAAAAGCGCACGUGAGGGUCACGCAUGAGAAACGAAGCGUGAAACCCGAGAAUGGAGUUUGAACAAAACAAAUGUUUAAUAUAUUCCUAUUUCUGCACAUGCACCCAGAAACAUUUUUUUUUUUUUUAUUUUACGCCAAGACCCCGUUUAUUUUAUUUUAUACAUAUAUAUUUUUGACAGGAAUGAUUUUUCAAGACUUGUACGACACACUAGUUGAAUUACUACAAGAAGAAACAAUAGCUGACCUGAAGGAAUGCGGCGAGUCUGUCUAUAGGUUGUUCGAAACGAUAUUAUAUAAUAAUGACAAGCUUCCAAGUCACGAGUUACUAAUGAGGGCAAAAGGGUUGACAGAUUACUGUAAUGAGAACAUCAUGCAAUACCAUUUCAGCAAUGUGCCUGUUCAUUGGCGACGCAUGCUGAUGGACUCGGGUUUAGUCACUGUUUUGAUCCAGCUGGGUUCAUUGGACGAGAGAGUGACGGAAGCACAAGUACAAGAUAUUGUUGGUGACUUGGAUACAUGCUGUGUAAUAAGUGGAUCACCUGGACCAGACCGAAGGUGGAUUUCUAACCUUAUUCUGGAUGAACUUCAGACCUGGCUUACGAAUCAGCGCAGUGGUACUACUAAAGAACCCGCAUACGAGAAAGUUGCACGAUCGUCGACAAAGGUGACACUAACAUACCCUAUUCAGAGAUUGCCCGAACCACCUAGUUUUGAGUGGUUUUUGCAGCACUGCAACAGAGAUAUCCCAACACCAUUUAUUAUGCCAAAGGGUGUGAUUGAACACUGGCCUGCUUUUAAUGAACACCCUUGGGGUUCUAUGGAUUAUUUGCUUUCUGUAGCAGCUGAUCGUAUUGUACCUGUUGAGAUUGGAAAUCAGUACACGGAUGCAGAUUGGGGCCAAAAGAUGAUGCGAUUUUCUGAUUUCAUCCAACAUCAUAUUAUGAAGGAUGACAUUGCAUAUUUAGCUCAACAUGAUGUAUUUUAUCAAAUACCACGACUUGAAAAGGAUAUUAUCGUUCCAGACUAUUGUUAUAUUGAACCGAGGUUGACGGAGCUCUAUCGUUGUAGAACAAAUAACCAAAUCUUAAAAAAUGCUUGGUUUGGACCCAAAGGAACUAUUUCUCCUUUACAUCAAGACCCCUAUCACAAUCUAUUGGCACAAGUAGUAGGUAGUAAAUACAUUCGGUUGAUCUCUCCUGUAAACACCUCAUUUGUUUACCCGAGGGAUGGCCUAAUGAGCAAUACGAGCCAGGUUGAUGUCGAGAACCCUAAUCAUGCCAUCUAUCCACGUUUCAAAGAAGUAGAUUAUCUUGAAUGUGUAUUAGAAGAGGGUGAAAUAUUAUACAUUCCGCCAAAAUGGUGGCACUAUGUGAGAUCCUUAGAGACAAGUUUUAGCGUCAGUCUAUGGUUCUGAUUUGCGCGUGUGUGUGCGUGUGUGUGUGUGUGUGUGUGUAAACGAAUAAAAAGGGAGUUUCACGUGUAGCGCAGAAUGUAUAAAUCGGG